GGCGCUUCGCUGCCAGCGGGCUCGGGGUAUUUUGCGCCGGGCAGCGGGGCGGGGGCAGCCGCCCUGACGGCUUGCCGGGUCUGGGACGUGCUCAGACUGCCGAUGCGGCGCUCCCGUCGCUCGGGGCUGGCUGUGUGACCGGCUCCGGGGGCUCGCUGGAAGAGGGAGCAUGUGCAUCUACUGAAGGUCUGGAGAAGCCUGCGAUGACAAAGAUGCCUCGUGAGGAGAAAGACGUCCGUAGGAGUGAUUCCAUCAUCCCAUGCUUCCUAACAAUCGAGCUACUGAUUAUGGUUGGGAUGGCCUUACUGACAUACUACUUUGAGUACACGGACACAUUCACCGUGCACCGGCAGGGUUUCUUCUGCUAUGACAGUGCUUACAUGAAGCCAUACCCAGGGCCAGAGGAGAUGAGCUUUCUUCCGCCAGUCCUGCUCCAGUCGUUAGCAUCAGCCAUUCCCAUGGCAACAAUAGUUCUGGGGGAGUUGGCCGCGUUCGCCUUUCAGUCGGAGUUUGUCCGCCGCGAGCGAACCAUCGUGACAGCGGACUGCUGCACUCUGAACCCUCUGGUCCGCAGGGUCAUCAGGUUCUUGGGGGUUUACGCAUUUGGCCUGUUUGCCACCGAUAUAUUUGUGAACGCGGGGCAGGUAGUAAUGGGAAGUCCCACGCCGCACUUCCUCACCGUCUGUCGACCCAACUACACGGCUCUGGGCUGCAGCCAGCCUUCCCAGUUCAUCGUCUCCCCGGAUGCCUGCACCGGAAGCCCGAGCCUGGUGUCCAGUGCCAGGCGAGCGUUCCCUUGCAAGGAUGCAGCGCUCAGCAUGUACGCUGCCAUCUAUACCGUGAUGUACGUCACCAUCAUGUUCCAAGCGAAGGGGACGCGGCUGACCAAGCCCGCGGUGUGCCUCACUCUCCUGUGCCUCACCUUCCUCACCGGGGUGGUGCGGGUGUCUGAGUAUCGGAACCACUGGUCGGACGUGCUGGUGGGAUUCAUGACUGGAGCCGCCGUUGCGGUGUUUCUGGUCUGCUGUGUCGUGCACAGAUUUAAAGGGUCAGACCCUGUUUGUAAGAAGGUGGGGAACGUCUCGAAACCAGUCCGUGUGAUGCUCGCCCUCCCCUGUGUGGAAAGUCCACUAGAAAAGUUAAGUGUUGUUCAGAAUUGUUCAGCUGAAUUCUCAGAAGGAACAUGAGAGGUCCUGCUUCUUCCCCUCGACGCCGGAUGUGUUGAUUGCCACUCGGUCGGUGAUGAGUGAAGUCUGAGUUCCAGCCAGAGUCCCAGUGCGUGUACAGCUUUGCAUGACCAGCAGUCUCACUCAUGUAGAGUCUAGUGAUUGUCGGAUUUGUAGGAACAUUUCCCUGUGGUAUCUCUUUUCGUUUCUGUUCUUCUCAAUCCUUUGAGUGGAGCACCAAUCCUCUGUUGGCAAACACCAUCCUUGGGGACAGGUACGAGAGCCCCUGUAAGUUUUGCUGCUGUUACAGCUGCCCCCACUUCUGCUCAGAGCCGUGGUUUGUUAUCAAGGCUGUUUGUGACUGGUCUGGGGUAGGUGGGGGGGAAGUGCCGCUCUGGUCCUGGUUUACUAAGUGGAUUAGGGGUGACUUUUCCAUACUUCCCCAGGCCAGGGCCUUCCAACACAUGGGCUCUGAUCUUCAUUAUUGCUGGAAUUCCACAAUGUCAUUUCACUCAUCGUCUGACUAUAGGAAUAAGCAAAGAUACCCUCUCAAGGUCAAGGGGGAGCUGGGGUAGACAUCAUCUGGACAGUGGAUGGGGAACAUGAGAGACCGUCUGGACAUUGGUGGCUACUGGUUGGACAUUCAGUGAGAACUGGCUGGCCCUCUGGUACAGUCACAUAAGUUGGACAUCGAGGGGGAAGAUUCUGUAGGCAUCGGGUGGGGAUAUUGGUUGGGGAUCAGAUUGACGUCAAAGACAAGAUUAUCUGUUGACAUCAGGUAGGGAUGGUACACCUAGAAGAACUUAAUGAAGACUAUCUGGACUUUGGGUGUAAACUGUCUGGAGCUUUGAUAGGAAUAAUCUGAAUAUUAUUUUGGGGUCAGUAGAACAUUAGAUGGGGAUCAAUAGAAAUUAAAUAAACAUUGGGGGGAAACUUUGUGCAUGGACUGUCUGAAUACUAUCUAGAAAUUUGGAAAGGGGUGGCUUCUAACUGUACAUCAGAUGUGGAUUGUCUGUUCACCUUCUUAACAUUUGGUGGACACCUGCAAGGAAAAGAGUGGGGAUAGCUUGAACAUCCAGUGGAAAUUGCCAGGUGUCAGUAUCACAGCUUUCCAGCAGAAUAACACAGGCUUCCCUUUCCUGGCACGGGUGGUCCAAGUAAGGAUAAGGAUGUGCUGCUGAUAGGAGGUGAGAAUCCUGGACAUUCUGCGCACCAGCCCUGGAGGAAGAUCUCAGGUAAUAAACCUGCAGGGAUUUUGCCUUU